CGAAAACGCAUACGAAUAGCAGCAAGUUGCAAACCACGCUAGAAAACACGUUUGCACAUGCUUCUUUUGCAGCUUCAAGGGCUAGGAGAGCACUGAUGGAUCUGACUGAUCCGGACGGAGCGGGUGUGGGGAAGAUGUUGGAAAAGGUGAAGAAUUUCUUUUGA